AGCGGCUCCGCGCAUAGUGCGAGCUUGAAUGAACCUCACUCCAGCUGCUGGCGAUGCUUUCCGCAUUGCAGCCCUCGCGGCCAAAGCCGGCACAGCAAACCUCGCGCCCAGCCUACGCUCAUCAACAGACGCGCGCGACACAUGAGACCCCGCACCACUCUGUACCCCUCUCAGACGCACCCAAUCUCUCCAAGCCCAUGAGCAAUCCGAAUCCUCCCAAACCGCGAUCGCAAAUAGAAGCCAUGCCGCCGUUCAGUCCCGCAGCGCCUAUGCUGCCAACACAGCGGAUGGUGUACGACAGCGCGGUGCGACACCCUGUCUUCUUCACCGAGCAGCUCCGCAAACCGCCCUUCCCGAUACCACAGAUAGCAAGCCAGGGUUGGAGCCCGGUCGCGAGCGGAUAUAUUCAGGAGCAGAGGAAGGCGGACGCGAGCGGGAUACCUAAGACGAAGCUGUGAGGAUUUGGCACACUCAUGACGGCUAGGACGGCAAGUGAGUGGGAAGAUAUGAGACGAGAUUAUACAGCAUGUAGCGAUGCUGUUCAUGGACAUGAUGGAUUUGUACAUGCUUCUUGUGCGGAGCUUGACGAGGGUCUCGGUGUUCGUAUAAUGGGAAGGAGAGACGCUCGUGCGUGUCCAGGCACCUCAGGGCGCCACCCCACAUAGGUAUCUUAUGAUGGAAAGUCUCAGAGCGUAAAGCUAGAUAGGUGGAGAAGGUCGUGCUGGUAUUAGCAACAGCAGCACUGGAUUGCAUCAUGCGCAGGCGUAAGGAGUGUCAGCAAAAUCGGAGGUCCUCCCAAGUAUUUUCAAGCUCCAUUAGUAUGCCCAUCUCCCCGAUUCAGAGGUUUUCAAUAUCACAAAUUAUUUGAGCAGGUCAUGAUUCAUUACUAU